GGCGGGGAGGGCGCGCGGUGAUCCGACGCGAUGGAUGGCGGGAGGAGGCGGAAGCAGCGACGGCAGUGGGCGGGCAGCUGGCAGGUGGGCGUCCCGCAGUAGCGGGCGGGCCCGGCGGGGGCGCCACGAGCCGGGGCUGGGGGGCCCGGCGGAGCGCGGCGCGGGGGAGGCAAGGCUGGAAGAGGCAGUCAAUCGCUGGGUGCUCAAGUUCUACUUCCACAAGGCGCUGCGGGCCUUUCGGGGUAGCCGGUAGGGGGACUUCAGACAGAUCCGGGACAUCAUGCAGGCUUUGAUCAUCAGGCCCUUGGGGAAGGAGCACACCGUGUCCCGAUUGCUGCGGGUUAUGCAGUGUCUGUCGCGCAUUGAAGAAGGGGAAAAUUUAGACUGUUCCUUUGAUAUGGAGGCUGAGCUCACACCACUGGAAUCAGCUAUCAAUGUGCUGGAGGCGAUUAAAACGGAAUUUACACUGACAGAAGCAGUGAUCGAAUCCAGUAGAAAACUGGUCAAGGAGGCUACUGUCAUUAUUUGUAUCAAAAACAAAGAAUUUGAAAAGGCUUCAAAAAUUUUGAAAAAACAUAUGUCCAAGGACCCCACAACUCAGAAGCUGAGAAAUGAUCUCCUGAAUAUUAUUCGAGAAAAGAACUUGGCCCAUCCUGUUAUCCAGAACUUUUCCUACGAGACCUUCCAGCAGAAGAUGCUGCGCUUCCUGGAGAGCCACCUGGAUGAUGCCAAGCCCUACCUCCUCACGAUGGCCAAAAAGGCUUUGAAAUCUGAGUCCGCUGCCUCAAGUACAGGGAAGGAAGAUAAACAGCCAGCACCAGGGCCUGUGGAAAAGCCACCCAGAGAACCCACAAGGCAGCUACGGAAUCCUCCAACCACCAUUGGAAUGAUGACUCUGAAAGCAGCUUUCAAGACUCUGUCUGGUGCACAGGAUUCUGAGGCAGCCUUUGCAAAACUGGACCAGAAGGAUCUGGUUCUUCCUACUCAAGCUUCCCCAGCAUCACCAGCCCUCAAAAACAAGAGACCCAGAAAAGAUGAUAAUGAAAGUUCAGCCCCAGCUGAGGGUGAGGAUGGCUCAGAACUGCAGCCCAAGAACAAGUGCAUGACAAUAAGCAGAUUGGUCUUGGAGGAGGACAGCCAGAGUACUGAGCCCAGCGCAGGCCUCAACUCCUCCCAGGAGGCCGCUCCAGUGCCACCAUCCAAGCCCACCGUUCUCAACCAACCCCUCCCUGGAGAGAAGAAUCCCAAGUAUGAAGACCUUCUUUGUAGAAAUUUUGGGGCUGGUUGGUGGUCCUGGUUGGGCCUGGUAUUACUUCCAUGAAUGAAGUAACUUUCAGCUAAGUUACCACCAAGGCUUGCUCAGACUGCUAGAAUGUGACGCAGGAGCGGGCAGUGACGACGUAGCCAUCCCUGCCGGUUCUGAAGCCCCACAUGUGGG